CCCCUAAUCCGGGUCCCAGUCCCUGUCCUAGUCCCGGUCCCGCUUCACCGGCAUGCCUUGUUCCCCCCGAGCCGGUGCCCACAGCAUGGCUCGUUUCCCCCGGCACAGCACGCUCCCCCCCCCGGGCUGCCUGCGGCUCCGGGAGGGGGAACGUCCCGCGCCCUUCGUGUGACCGGUUCGUCGCUGCACCGCGCGAGCCCUGUGAAAAGCCUGCAGUAAAACCCCGCUUGUGGAGCGCGUGGUUCAUCUGGGAGGUGUUUGGGGUGGAUUUUGGUUACCUGUGCUGAAGCAGAAAUGGCUCAAGAAGAGAUGGAAGUUGAUCUCCAAAUCGUGGCUGGUUACCCAGUGGAGAACCUCAGGACGCUUCCCACGGAGCCCUCUGGCCAUGCAGGGCUGUCAUCCCACGCUCCCGUGCUCGGUGACGGAGGAGGCAGCGCUGCAGUCCUUCCUGCUGAUGACGCUGUUGUCACACCAAACCCUGGUACAACAAGGGAAGCAGCUGCAGAGCCUGACCCGCCGCUGAGUCCUGCCCUCAGGGGGCUGCAGAGGCUCCAAGGGACGCUGGAUCCCAAUCAGCCCUUGGCGCUGCCUCAGCUCACACAGCGCCCGCAGGCGGGGAGAGCUCGCAGGCAGCACAGAGUCGGUGGUUCCCAAAGGACAGUCAGUGCCAGGGCAGCAUUGGACCAUUACUUUCAACUCAGCAGGACCCAAGUGCCAGCUGCAGGACCCGUUCCACACCCGGAGCCCUCGCGCCUUGCGAGAGACAACCAGGAGCAGAGCCCAGACGAAACAGGAGAAGGGAGUGACUCUGACAGCAGCUCUUCUGCUGAGGAGGAGGAUGUGGUGGAGGCUCCAGCCCAGGAGACACCUCCAGCAGCGACCUCAGGAGCUUCCAGUCAGGCCGAAGCAGAGCUGCCUCAAGCUUUGUCUCAAGCUUCUGCAGAACAUGGAAGUCAUGAAGAUGAAGAGGCUGAAGUCCAGCAAAAGCAGAGAACUCCUCUGAAGGAAGUGGAGCCCUCAGUUCCUGCAGCACGGCUGGAUGAGGAGGAAGGAGACACGUGUGCCAUCUGCUUUGAGCAGUGGACCAAUGCUGGGGAGCACCGUCUGUCAGCACUGCGCUGUGGGCACCUCUUUGGCUACACCUGCAUUGAGAGGUGGCUCAGGGGGCAGGCAGGGAAGUGCCCUCAGUGCAAUAAGAAAGCCAAGCGCUCGGACAUCGUGGUCCUGUACGCCCGCACGCUGAAGGCGCUGGACACCAGUGAGCAGGAGCGCAUGAGAAGCUCUUUAGAGAAGGAGAAGAUGUUGCGGAGACAGGCGGAGCUGGAAUCUGCGCAGAGCCGUCUCCAGCUCCAGGUUUUGACGGAUGAAUGCAGCAAACUCCGCAGGCAAGUUCAGGAGCUGAAGGCUCUGGUGGCCCAGCACAACGUGAGCACUUCGCAGCAACCCGGCAGCUCCCGCCCCUGCCUCCCAGGGAGCCUCCCCUCCAGCCAGAGCCAGCACAAGUACCACUUGGAAAAGGUUUUGUUGGUGUCUCAGGCUGGGAACUGCCGAGUGAUGGCAUACUGUGACUCCAUGAGCUGCCUUGUGGUGUCACAGCCUUCUCCACAGUCUACUUUCAUUCCCGGUUGUGGUGUUAAGAUGAUGAGCUUGGCCAACCUGAAGAGCAGUCAGUACGUCCCCAUCCACAGCAAGCAGAUCCGGGGCCUGGCUUUCGGCACUCGAGCGGAUGGUUUGCUGCUCUCGGCUGCUCUGGACGGAACUCUCAAACUCACCAGCUUGGCAACCAACACUGUGGUGCAGACAUACAAUGCUGGCCGUCCUGUCUGGAGCUGCUGCUGGUGUCUCGAUGAUACAAACUAUGUCUAUGCUGGAUUGGUCAACGGCUCUAUCAUGAUAUAUGAUCUGAGGGACACCAACUCUCACGUCCAAGAACUGGUCCCUCAGAAGUCCAGGUGCCCCAUGGUGUCACUGUCCUACCUGCCCCGCAUGGCCUCGGCGUCGCUGCCCUACGGUGGGAUACUGGCUGGGACCUUGGAAGGAGCCUGCUUUUGGGAGCAGAGAGCUGGCAACUCCUACCGGCCCCAUCACCUGCCCCUGGAGCCCGGGGGCUGCAUCGAUAUCCAAACAGAGAUCAACACACGGCACUGCCUGGCCACCUACCGGCCUGGUAAAAAUAACCCAUGUGUGCGUUGUGUGAUGAUGGAACUGACUUGCACCCCACUGACAGAGGCCUCUGAAGAUGUGGUGUGUUCUUCUAACCCGGUUCAGACUUUCAGUGCUGGGCCCACCUGCAAGUUGCUGACCAAAAAUGCCAUUUUCCAGAGCCCGGAGAAUGACGGGAGCGUCUUUGUGUGUGCUGGUGAUGAGGCGUCCAGUUCUGCCCUGCUCUGGGAUGCUGGAAGUGGUUCCUUGCUGCAGAAGCUGCCAGCUGACCUGCCUGUGCUGGAUAUCUGCCCCUUGGAAGUGAACCAAACCCACCUCCUGGCUACUCUUACAGAGAAGGUGAGGUUUCUCCUGCUUUGUAUUACCUCCAAGUCUCGCUGAGCUUCAGCCUGAAAUAAUGGAUGUGUUAAUUGAAUGAGGAAUCCUCGCUGAACCAUCCUGCUCUGGCCAGGUGAGGGGAAGGGAAAGGGUCAGGCCAUACACCUGCAUAUCCUGUAAACUGAAAAUAAAUCACUGACAUGAGAAUUUUUGGCAUUUUAACAAUGAUCAGGAAAAUAAGGGCUGGUAGAAUGACACUGUGAGGUCUCUGGUAAUGCCAGCUAAACCAGAAGGAGCAGGAUGCUCUCUGCUCUCUGUUCUCAGCUAUUUUGAGGCAUCAUUUAUGUUCAGUCAACUCUAACCCUGUCUUACCACAAGAAAUCUGGAAAAUUUUAAACACACACAGGAAAAAGAAUUAAAAUGUUUUGAUUUGAA